ACCCGUCUACACUGGCGGGGAACUCGAACUUUUCUCUCUCUCCUCUCUUGUCUACCACAUCACGCACCCUUUCUUUGAUACCCUUCCAUCCCCCUCAGUCGCAACAACUGAAUCAAGAUGGCGUUCGGCAAGCUCUUCACCUACCCGGCCAACCCCCGCACCACGGCCAUCCGCGCCGUCGCGAAGGCCAACAACGUUGACCUCGAGUUCAUCGAGGCCGACACUACCAAGCCUUCCGCCGAGCACCUCCAGGCCAACAAGCUCGGCAAGGUUCCCGCCUUCCUCGGCGAGGAUGGAUACCCUCUGUCCGAGUGCAUCGCCAUCGCGAUCUACAUCACCUCCCAGAACGAGAAGACGACCCUUCUCGGCAAGACCAAGCAGGACUACGCUUCCAUCCUGAAGUGGAUGUCGUUCUUCAACUCCGAGGUCCUCCCCCCAAUGGGUGCCUGGUACCGCCCCCUCCUGGGCAAGGACACCUACAACAAGAAGGCUGUCGAGGACUCCUCCAAGGUCGCCCUCAAGGCCAUCAAGGUCGUCGAGGAGCACCUCCUCAGCAACACCUACCUCGUUGGCGAGCGCAUUACCCUCGCUGACCUCUUCGCCGCCGGCAUCAUUGCCCGUGGCUUCGAGUUCUUCUUCGACAAGCAGUGGCGCCAGGAGAACCCCAGCGUCACCCGCUGGUACGACACCAUCGUCAACCAGGACAUCUGGACCGCCGUUGCCGAGAAGCAGGAGUACCUCGAGACCCCCAAGCUCACCAACGUCGCCCCCAAGAAGCCUGAGCAGCCCAAGAAGGAGGCCGCCCCCAAGGCCGCCCCCGCCCCCGCCGCUGAGGAGGCCGCCCCCGCCCCUAAGCCCAAGCACCCCCUUGCUGAGCUUCCCCGCGCCACUUUCGAUCUCGAGGAGUGGAAGCGCCAGUACUCUAACAUCAAGAACCACGAGGAGGCCAUGAAGUGGUUUUGGGACAACGUCAACCUGGAGGAGUUCUCCCUCUGGAAGGUCAAGUACAAGUACAACGACGAGCUCACCCUUACCUUCAUGUCCAACAACCUCAUUGGUGGCUUCAACAACCGCCUCGAGGCUUCCCGCAAGUUCAUCUUCGGAUGCGCUGCAGUCUACGGCCAGAACAACGACUCCGUCAUCGAGGGUGCCUUCGUUGUCCGUGGCCAGGACUUCAAGCCCGCUUUCGACGUCGCUCCCGACUACGAGAGCUACGAGUUCGAGAAGCUCGACGGCACUAAGCCCGAGGACCGCCAGUUCGUCUCUGACUCCUGGGGCUGGGAGAAGCCCACCACCCACAACGGCAAGGAGUACCCCGUUGCCGACGGCAAGGUCUUCAAAUAAGCGAAUUGCUCCGGGGAGUGAUCCGACAUUUAUGGCUUAUGGCAGAGAUGAAACGAGUUUACGAUUAGGCAAGGGGGUGUGUAGACGAUGUUAUGGACCCGAGAAGAACUAUCUUGCGCGUAAUGCCAGAGGCUGUGUGCCAAGUUACUAGUCCGAGCCACUAGGACGAGGCAAUAGAUGCAGGAUGUUCCUGAUCAAAACCAAAAAAGUACAUUUCCCAUCCAUAAUGUGCUCUCCUGCCACGCUUGUGUCCGCCCGUGAAAGUAUUGCUCGUCCAACAACUUGUGAUUAUGCUAAUCCUAAAGGGUAUCUUUCUCGAUGCUGUGGAGUGUGUAUUCUAACAUCCUUGUCCCCAUGAGGCUUCCGCUUCAUUUGCCCGUAUACAUCUGGGCCGCAGUAGGAUAUUUCUGCCGCCUGUCCAGUCAAUCUGUCUU